AUGGAACUACCAUCAUUCGCCCCCUCGGAGAUCUCCCGGUCAACCUUCUCCCGUCUGCUGGCCUGUUACCCUACCACAGCCAGGGAGGCCUUCAGACAAAAAGCCAUCGCCAAAGCGGCGAAAAAGAGAGACAAUCAGCUGAGUAAGAGCGAGAGGAAGGCUGCUGCUGCGGCUGAGAAGAAGAAAGAUUCUGCUUCUGCUGCUGCGGCUGCGGUUGCUGCUGCCUCGUCUCAAUUGCCACUCCCUGAAGCGAAGCUUAACAAGGACACGGAGGCGUUUGUGAAGCUGGAUAACUGGCGCUAUGAGAGGUUGCCUGAGGUUUUGAGGAAGCGUGCGAGUUUGAUGAAAGAGAAGGAGAAGGAGAAGGAAAAGGAGAAUGAAAAAGGACAAAGUGAAAAUGAGAAUGCAAAGGCCAAAAAAGAGGGUCCCACGGGCCUCUAUCUGGAGAAGGAUGAACUGGUGCGGUUGAUGGAGUGGAAGCUCAAACACGGCGUCUAUCGACCUGCCCUUGAAGGCCUGGUCAAGACCAACAAAGCUCCCCAAGUUCGCAAAACUACCGCUGCGGCGUUCGCAGCCCUCCCGAGCGCGGGUUCGUCAUCAGCGCCAGCAGAGGCGCCUGCUGCUGCUGCUCCUGCUGCUGAUGCGGCGGGGUCUUCUCUUUUCUUCUUCGACGACACAUCAUCUGCCUCAUCCUUCCCCAAAGAAAGCUUGGACACCCUCACCGGACCGCUGCGCGCGGUCGGGCCCGCGACCGCAUCCCUCAUCCUUGCAGCGGCUACCACCGGAACGAAGAACGAGGUCCCCUUCUUCAGCGACGAGGUGUACCUCUGGCUCUGUCUGGACAUCUACCCGCUGUCAGCCAACAAGAGCAAGAAGAAAAUCGAAAAAUACAUCCGAGCCAACGGCGAGCUUGCCGUCAAGUACAAUCUGAAAGAGUAUCGAGACCUCUGGGAAGCUGUUUUCCAGCUAAGAGCGCGUCUUAACAGCGCAGUUGAAAACAGCAAAGCUGCCGACGGCAAGAAGAAGAAGAAAGACGGUGAUGACGACGACGUCGACGACGACGGCCGCAUCUUCUCAACCGCCGACAUUGAAAAAGUCGCCUACGUGCUCAGACACCUCGACGUGUCAGGUUUCCCCGGCGCAGCCGAGAUUCUGAAACAAGACAAAGAGCGAGAAGAAGAACAGGCGGCGGCGGCAGAAGAGACCAACAAAGAAGAGGAAGCGAAGCCCAGGGGGAAGAAGCGGAAGAGGAGAGAUGAAGAGGGCACGUAUCCGGGGGAAGAAGAAGAAGAUAAAGAGGGCAAAACUGGGGAAGAAGAAGAAAGAGGAGAGGAAGAAGGAGGAGAAGAUGAAGAAGAAGGAGAAGAAGAAGGAAAAGAAGGGAGGGGCGAUGAGUGA